AUGAGUGCAACAACAAGGCCAUUGCGUGAUCCAAAACAAGAUCAAGUCGGACUUAAAAACAUGGAAAGACUUGAACAGCAACGUCGGCAAAAAGUUGCAAGAUCAAGAUCUGAUGAUGAAGAUAUGGAUACUCCUAUGAAUGAAGAUCAGUAUACUUAUUCUAAAACACCCAAAACUGCACGUUAUAAUGGUCCUCAUCAAGAGAAAAUUUAUAAAAAUCGAAAUCUUCAAAGGAAGUUCNUUUGUUUAUAUAAUAUUGAAAAAGCAAGAGCUAUUUAUCUUUUUUCUGGUAAAAUAUUCGAUUUGGAUUCUCUUUCAAUGAUAAAUGCAUUAAAGCUAUGCAUGAAAUAG